UUUGUUUUGCGAGAUGUGUCAUCGACUCAUAGGAUCAGUCAUCACAUUCACAUUCUUCCUCCUCUCUCUCUCUCUCUCUCUCUCCUCCUCUUUUGCUCAUUUGCAGUUUGUUUGUUUAUCACAGAUUCACAGCUUUCGAAUCGAAACGAAGACGUUCAAUUCAAUAAAGCAAGCCCAAGCCAUGUAAAACACGCUACAUAAACCCUACUUUAAUGUGUCAACACAGAACUAUGGGUUCGAAGCAAUUGACUUCUUUUUGGAUCUCGGGUAGAUUUAUUAGCUAUAGACCUCCAUUGCUCUUUUUCUACUUCUUGGGCGGUCAUCUUGAUCUUUUCCAUCCUGGAAUCUCGGUUUCUGUGUCUUCUCUUCAUUUCUCUGUCUUUCGGUUUCUUCUAUUGCAGACUUCCAACAUCAUUAACCCUCCCCCUUCUCCACUCUCGCCACGUACCUUUCCCCUUUGUUUUUCAUUCGCUUUGCGUACUAACUUAAAAAGUUUGCGCUUACCUCACCACUCACGUCGAUGGCAUGACUCCAUUUUCUUUCUUCUUCCCUACUAGGUGUGUUUCAUACCUUGCUUAAGAAUUCAGAAGAUCGAAACCGUAUUGGAAGAUCGAACAGUCUUAAGGCUUUACUGGCUUUAUUCCUAUUGGUCAUAGUGUCAAGAUUUUGGACAUGUAAUUGGUGCUUAAAGUGCAAUGACGGCUGAUUUAGAACUGAAUGAAGUUGUUUGCCAUGAUUGCAACCAAUCAGCAUUUGGACCUUUAAAUGGAAAAAUAACUUUUGGGGAUAGAGAUAGUAUAGUUUACAAGAUAUUUGAUGGUUUUCUCAAGCAUGGGAACAGGUCAUUUAUCAAUAUAGCAACAAAUGUUGUACGAAGAGCUACCAAUAACAGAGGAAAUCGAGCAACACUUCGCAGUAAUGUCAAUCUUCAGGUUGAUGAAGAUGCUAAGUGGGAACAUGUAACUGAACGAAGAUCUGGACCUCUACUGUCUGGAACAGCAUAUUGUAUUUCAUCUUGCAGCAUGAUAUUGCUCAACAAAUUUGUCCUCUCAAGUUAUGGUUUCAAUGCAGGCAUAUCACUAAUGUUCUAUCAGAAUUUAGUCAGCGUUGUGGUUGUUAUUGCAUUGAGCUUCUUUCAAGCAGUCUCAACUGAAAAGCUGACUUGGAAGCUGAUUAAAGUAUGGAUUCCUGUAAAUAUAAUAUUCGUUGGCAUGCUUGUGACGGGCAUGUAUAGUUUGAAGCACAUAAACAUUGCAAUGGUCACAAUCCUGAAGAAUGUGACAAAUAUUUUAACGGCAAUUGGAGAAUUAUAUAUAUUCAGGAAGCGUCAGAAUCAUAAAGUGUGGAUGGCCAUGUUCUUAAUGAUUAUAUCUGCUCUGAGUGGUGGAAUCACAGACCUCUCUUUUGAUGCAGUGGGCUAUGCAUGGCAAAUUAUGAAUUGCAUUCUCACAGCAGGCUACUCACUGACCCUGCGGCGGGUGAUGGACACAGCAAAGCAAUCAACAAGAUCUGGGUCACUCAAUGAAGUUUCAAUGGUGUUGCUUAACAAUGCACUUUCUCUACCUUUUGCCAUCUUCUUGAUCAUUCUCUUUAAUGAAUGGGAAUAUGUACAUAAUGCGGACAUAAUUAGGAUUCCAAUGUUUUGGUUUGUGGCAACAGUCAGUGGAUUGCUUGGACUAUCCAUUAGCUUUACUUCUAUGUGGUUUUUAAAUCAAACUGGCCCCACUACUUAUAGUCUGGUGGGUUCCUUGAACAAGAUCCCUAUCUCCAUCGCUGGUAUAUUUCUGUUCAAAGUUCCACUGAGCCUGCCAAACCUUUUCAGUAUACUAUUUGGUCUGUUCGCAGGAGUUCUCUUUGCCAGGGCUAAAAUGUCCUGAUUGUGGAACCGACUCAUCCUGGAAAGAAGCUCAUAAAAUGCAUGUUGCUGCCACUUAGACAGGCAAAAAGUAAAGCCUUGUCUAGUUUUCAAGGAUGGACGCAGGAAAAAGGCAAAAUCUGCUAAAAAAUAAGUUGGAGAUUCAUUUAUUUUAGGAAACAGAGAUUGGUAUUCUAAGAUCAGUUAAUGAAGCAAUAAGAAAUAGGCAUCAGAGAUCCAUUCGUUUAUGAUGUCUAAGAAUUGCAAGCAUCCAUAAUGGAGGUGGCACUGUCCAGCGCGACAAAUCCUUUUGAGAAAACAAAUGUAUGGGGAACUAUAUAAUUAUAAUAUAUAGUUAUUAUUACUGUUAUUAUAUGAAAGUGCAUCAGUUGUAAUUUCACAUAAUCCUGCAACAUUCUUUAACUUAUUCAGAAAUUUUGAGAGAAGAAUAAAUAGAUGGCUUUAUAAUAA